AUGCUCUUGCCGGACAGAGAAGGCCGAGACAUGAGACCUCGCAACCCCGGAGGCAACAGAAUCAGAACAUCCAACAUGUGCACAGUUUUCAGCAAGUUCAGAACGUCGAACAAGUUCCUCCCGAGGGACACGUUCAGAACGGGGAAGACGAGCAGACUCGACCCCCAGACUGAACCUGAUCGACCCCAGAACGAGAACGAGACCGACGCCAGAGAUGGACAUGCUGCCUCCUCAUUCACCCACACCUCUGAGAGGCGAAGAGUUCACAGCCAAGACGAGGAUGAGCAGAUCAACAUCCUCGAGGGCGCUGACCCUACAGCCAUCCUCCUACUCAAAGAGCUGCAGAGAACCAACCGUCUCAUCCGCCAACAGGGCGACCGCAUCCACGAGAUGGAAAGGAAGCGACGAUAUCGUUCCCCUCCGCGGAGACGCCAUCGGUCGCGUUCCUAUUCCUCUUCACGCUCGCCUCCAAGGAGAUAUCGCAAGCGCUCCCCGUCCUCGUCUCGUUCCCCGCCUAAGAGGAACCGUUGCCAGAGGUCUUACUCCCGCUCUCCACCUCGAAAGAGUCAGAAAAAUCAGAAGCCUGAAACCAUUGAAGCCAGGAGCCUCUCACCCGAGCAGGAACGCCGAGGCCCCUCCAAAGCUGUGUUGAAACCCCGCGAGCAUUCUCCUCCAUAA